GUCUGACCUCUCGUGUUAUAUGGGUGAUGUGCAACAGCAGUCUGGUGCAACCGGUGCUCACCUAGGAGGAGCUGCUAGUGUUACAGCUGCUGCUCUACAAUCUGCUGCUCGUGUGGCCAAUAAGUUAUCUUUAUUUCCAGUUCUUGGAGCUGCAUCACUCGGAUCUCUCAUUGUUGGUCUCCGAAGUGCCUGGAAACAUACUCGGCAACCUGAAGCUGCUGAUCUGUGCAGGGCGCAGGUACUUUCUGGAGUAGGAUUUGCCGGCAAAGCGUUGGGUGUUGCUACUGUUAUAACAGUUUCGGGUUUUUCUUUAUUCAUCAUUGCUGUGUCGUGGGCCCUCAAGGUUAAUACUCCGCGCCAAUUUGGCAGCGCCAUGCGCGAAGCCUUUGGAGAUUCACUACGACUUCCACAGAGCCACAAUUCUCAAACAUUCGAAGAAUUAAUACAAAGCCUUGAGCCUAAAGAGCAACCGUAA